AUUCAAAGGAUUCCAAGGAGAAGAAUAAAAUGGAAAUCUUGUACAUACUCGUGCCAAGUGUUGCCAUUCCCCUGGCCAUUGCUUUACUCUUCUUCUUCAUUUGUGUCUGUCGCAAUAACCAGAAGUCAUCAUCACCACCAGUCCAGAGGCAACCAAAACACGUCAGAGGUCAAAAUGUAGAGAUGUCAAUGCUGAAUGCAUAUAAACCCAAGAGCAAGGCUAAAGAGCUGCCUCUUUCUGCUGUACGCUUUAUGGAAGAAUUGGGUGAAUGUGCCUUUGGAAAAAUCUAUAAAGGCCAUCUCUAUCUCCCAGGCAUGGACCAUGCUCAGCUGGUUGCUAUCAAGACCUUGAAAGAUUAUAACAAUCCCCAGCAAUGGACAGAAUUUCAACAGGAAGCCUCCCUAAUGGCAGAACUGCACCACCCCAAUAUUGUCUGCCUGCUAGGUGCCGUCACUCAGGAACAACCUGUGUGCAUGCUUUUUGAGUAUAUGAAUCAGGGGGAUCUCCAUGAGUUCCUCAUCAUGCGAUCCCCACACUCUGAUGUUGGCUGCAGUAGUGAUGAAGAUGGGACUGUGAAAUCCAGCCUGGACCAUGGAGAUUUUCUGCACAUUGCAAUUCAGAUUGCAGCCGGCAUGGAAUACCUGUCUAGUCACUUCUUUGUCCACAAGGAUCUUGCAGCUCGCAAUAUUUUAAUCGGAGAGCAACUUCAUGUAAAAAUUUCAGACUUGGGGCUUUCCAGAGAAAUUUACUCCGCUGAUUACUAUAGGGUCCAGAGUAAGUCCUUGCUGCCCAUUCGCUGGAUGCCGCCUGAAGCCAUCAUGUAUGGCAAAUUCUCUUCCGAUUCAGAUAUCUGGUCCUUUGGGGUUGUCCUGUGGGAGAUUUUCAGUUUUGGACUCCAGCCAUAUUAUGGAUUCAGUAACCAGGAAGUGAUUGAGAUGGUGAGAAAACGGCAGCUCUUACCAUGCUCUGAAGACUGCCCACCCAGAAUGUACAGCCUCAUGACAGAGUGCUGGAAUGAGAUUCCUUCCAGGAGACCAAGAUUUAAAGAUAUUCACGUCCGGCUUCGGUCCUGGGAGGGACUGUCAAGUCACACCAGCUCUACUACUCUCGGGGGAAAUGCCACCACACAGACAACCUCCCUCAGUGCCAGCCCAGUGAGUAAUCUCAGUAACCCCAGAUAUCCUAAUUACAUAUUCCCGAGCCAGGGUAUUACACCACAGGGCCAGAUUGCUGGUUUCAUUGGCCCGCCAAUACCUCAGAACCAGCGAUUCAUUCCCAUCAAUGGAUACCCAAUACCUCCUGGAUAUGCAGCGUUUCCAGCUGCCCACUACCAGCCAACAGGUCCUCCCAGAGUGAUUCAGCACUGCCCGCCUCCCAAGAGUCGGUCCCCAAGCAGUGCCAGUGGGUCGACUAGCACUGGCCAUGUGACUAGCUUGCCCUCAUCAGGAUCCAAUCAGGAAGCAAAUAUUCCUUUACUACCACACAUGUCAAUUCCAAAUCAUCCUGGUGGAAUGGGUAUCACCGUUUUUGGCAACAAAUCUCAAAAACCGUACAAAAUUGAUGCAAAGCAAGCAUCUUUGCUAGGAGAUGCCAAUAUUCAUGGACACACCGAAUCUAUGAUUUCUGCAGAACUGUAAAAUGCACAACUUUUGUAAAUGUGGUAUACAGGACAAACUAGACGGCCGCAGAAAAGAUUUAUAUUCAAAUGUUUCUAUUAAAGUAAGGUUCUCAUUUAGCAGACAUCGCAACAGGUAUCUUCUGUGAAGUUUGACUGUGUCUUACCAAGCAGGACAGACACUAGGCCAGAAAAAAAAAAAACAUUGUGGGAUGUACACUCCAUUGGAGUGCAUGACAUGGCAUUGGGAUUGGAACAUGUGGUUUCAAGUACUGAAAACUGCAUACCAGUGAAGAGAAAAAGAACCUUGUGAUUAAAUAUAAAACCAAAAGUCAAAUGGUGCUUUGUGUUUUAGCCUUCAGUCACCAUGACUGGUCUCUCCCCCAGAUGUAUAUAUGCCAUAGCAUUUGUCUACCUGCUGUCUUUUCUUCAGGACAGAUGUUCAGGAAUUAUAUUGAUUCGGUUUAGACUCUGCGCAUGUUCUUAUGGAAAUGAUGUUCAGAAUCAAUGAAGAAACUUCAGGCCAAAUUUGAAACCCUGGAGGGAAAUGAGCCAUAAGACAAGUAUAACAAGCCCUGAAGCCUUCUAUGUCGUUGGGCUUCUUUGAGAAGGUGUAGAGUGUGCCUUUUUGUGAAUCCUCCUCUGAUCAUGAGGGUCUUUCCCAGAUUUUCUCACAGUGUGCUUACACUGCCCUUGGAAUAACACAGGGCAUCAGACCAUAAAAAGGCUAGAUGUGGGUGCUAGAAUUGAUUGUUGGUUGAUAGUUCACUUUGCUGGAUUAGGAAUGAGGCGCCAAAGGAAGCACAGCCAGGAAAAUGGCCCCACAGCCUAGAUCAGUUUCUGUGGGAAAGGAAAAAGAGUUCCCAUGGGGACAGCCCCCAAAGGAGUUUUCUGGAACCAGUAACACUGAAAAAUAAGUGUGUGGCUACAGAUGAGCACACCCACCCCUUGCAACUCCCUGUUUACAAGUUGUCCGAGGCAUUGGGGUGCUUAUGGUCAAUGGACUCUAGGGAAGUAGGAAACUCCAUCAUGAUACCAAUGUCUAGUAAUUUUUAAGUUUCUCUCCCUUUCUUUCUGUGCUGGUAAUGAUCACAGAUUUGAUUCCCGCCCCAAGAAUUACAACAAUUUAUUCAUACAGUUAGUUGGAAUCCAAAGGUAAUUAAUUCUAUUUUGUAAAAUAUGAUGGUCUUCCUAAAAAACAAGUACUGAGUUCUCAUUUCAAAAGUUACCAAGAACUGAAUUCUUUAAACUAGCAAACAGAAGCAACAUGACCAUUUUUGCCUUAGUGGGAGGUUUCAGAUGUGCAGCUUGUGGCAUUUACCUGCCAACCAUCUUUUGCCAAGUUUAGAAUUCUUACGCGUUUCAAGUUCUGUAUAGAAAGUAAUUUUACUUUUGAUUUUUUUCUUGUUAAAAAAACCCUCCUUUGUUCUAAGAACAGUGUCUCAAAGUCUCAUUUUUACUUUAAAGGUAUAAGAGACUUGUAAAGAGACUUACAGGAUAUAAAAGUAAUUCCCGGAAAUGAUAUUUGAUGAGGAGAAUAUAAGAGAAUUAAAAACACAUUGAUGUUUUCAUUUUUACAAAAUACAACUUGCAUGAGAAAUCAAGAAAAUAUGUUUACCAAAAUGCAUUGCAAUUUUCCCAAACCUGAGUCUUCAAAUAACAAACAUGAACUUACAGGUACUGUGAACUCGAAGAAUUGGCUAUAUCCAGAUUUCUGGGAGAUAAAUUAAGACCUAUUUUUGUGGCAUAAAUAAGCUGAUUCAGAAGUUACGUUUCUUAACUUUAGGUAGAGGAGAAUAUUUGUAUCCUUUUGUUGCUAUGCAACUGUUUAAUGAUGAAGCUUCAAACCACAAUUUUGUAUAUCAUAUGACAAUCAAUUGUUUUCCAAGAAUAUUUAUUAUUUUAAGUACACAAUUUCAGUGAAUCUGAGUUUUUCUAGAAGUCCCUUAAAGGGAAAUUAGCAUUCCAUGAGCCAGUAAAAUACCUACUCUGGUAAAACAUUAUUAUGGUUAAAAAGUAAAUUCAAGUUAGUUUUUUAUAAAGAACUAUAACAUUUAUUGUAAACAUUUUAUAAUAACUGAAAACAUUAAAGUGAGCAAAUGAAAUUUCAAAACCACUUGUAAUAAUGUAUUUUAUAAUCGCACUGUGAUACUAUAUAACACAGUCUCUUUUGUAUUAAAAUAGUAUUUUUUUCACAAACUGAAAAAUAUCUUUUCCUUUGCUGACAGUGUUUUGUAAGAUGACUUUGUUUUCAGAUCUUUUUCUCUUUUUUUGCACAAAACUAUGCUUAUGGUUUGUGUCACAGAAGUGAAAAUAUAUCUUUGCAUUUUUAUAUCUGGUCUGUUUUUCUUGUUUCCUUUGUUUUUUAACUUGAUAUAGAUUUUCUUCAAAUAUAUAACGGCAAUUUUCAGAUAUCUCACCCUACCAUAUCUUUCCUUAUUUUCACUGCAUGCAUUUAAUCACUGUAUUACUUAAUGUUUGAUUUAUUAUUAUGGGCAUUUCAAAUAGACAAACAUUGAAUUGUAAUGACAAAAAGGCUAUUUUAUAUUAAGGAUAUAUGCAUUUGUAUUUCACACACCAGAGAUGAUAUUAAACACUGAUUAUUUUAUGCUGCUGUUUAUUAAAAAUGUUUACUAUAAAA